CCUUGUUACGACUGCGUGGGCGACUCGUCUAUAAAAGCCGGGCUCGGCGCGUCCCGUCGCCACAGUGGCUUCCUGUUCUGUUUCUGUCGGUGUGGAGUUGUUGUUUCGCCAGGAAUCCCUGUGGCCGUGAAGAUGGCGUCUACCAGCCGUUUGGAUGCUCUCCCAAGAGUCACAUGUCCAAACCAUCCAGAUUCGAUUUUAGUGGAGGACUACAGAGCUGGUGAUAUGAUCUGUCCUGAAUGUGGCCUGGUUGUAGGUGACCGGGUUAUCGAUGUGGGAUCUGAAUGGAGAACUUUCAGCAAUGAUAAAGCAACAAAAGAUCCAUCUCGAGUUGGAGAUUCUCAGAAUCCUCUUCUGAGUGAUCGAGAUUUGUCUACCAUGAUUGGCAAGGGCACCGGAGCUGCAAGUUUUGAUGAAUUUGGCAAUUCUAAGUACCAGAAUCGGAGAACAAUGAGUAGUUCUGAUCGGGCCAUGAUGAAUGCGUUCAAGGAAAUCACUACCAUGGCAGACAGAAUCAACCUCCCUAGAAAUAUAGUUGAUCGAACAAAUAAUUUAUUCAAGCAAGUGUAUGAACAGAAGAGCCUGAAGGGAAGAGCUAAUGAUGCCAUAGCUUCUGCGUGUCUCUAUAUUGCCUGUAGACAAGAAGGGGUUCCUAGGACAUUUAAAGAAAUAUGUGCCGUAUCACGAAUUUCUAAGAAAGAAAUUGGUCGAUGUUUUAAACUUAUUUUGAAAGCUUUAGAAACCAGUGUGGAUUUGAUUACAACUGGGGACUUCAUGUCCAGGUUUUGUUCCAACCUCUGUCUUCCUAAGCAAGUGCAGAUGGCAGCUACACAUAUAGCCCGUAAAGCUGUGGAACUGGACUUGGUGCCUGGAAGGAGCCCGAUAUCUGUGGCGGCAGCAGCCAUUUACAUGGCCUCACAGGCGUCAGCUGAGAAGAGGACCCAAAAAGAAAUUGGAGAUAUUGCUGGUGUUGCUGAUGUUACAAUCAGGCAGUCCUACAGACUAAUCUAUCCUCGGGCCCCAGAUCUGUUUCCUCCAGACUUCAAAUUUGACACCCCUGUUGACAAACUACCCCAAUUAUAAAUUGAGGCAGCUAAUGUCAAACUCUUGUGGUCACUGAACUUUGCCUAUUGUACAUAGCGUAUAUGAAGUGCUGGAUUGAGCCUUUAAUAAGGAAAAAGAAAUGGUACGCAUUCCAGGGCUAAUGUUAAUUGCUUGGCAUUAUGUAUGUAUAUACUAGUAAAGCAUAUUUAAUGAUUUAAAUUUCUUAUUGAAUUUGCUUUCUUUUUUAGCUAUUUAGAAACUAUUUUGGAAGAUAUUUGAAAUUAUGUAAGUCUUGAAUAAAAUGUUUUUCAAAACUAAAGUUUUUGUUAUAAUUACAUGUUAUAUGUAAUUUAUAAUUUAUAAUGUAUAAUUACAAAUAAGGCAUAUUAUUGUAACUAAUAAAGCUGAUAGAAGUCCUUGUUUUUUGUUUAAGAAAUAUAUAUUUAGUUGUUUUGUGUUAUUUUUUUUUUAACUUUAAUAAAGUCAUGGAACUAGCAA